CGUUCCCUUCUGCCACGCCACGUCCCCUCUUGCCAUAAGUUCCCACAAUGCCUGCGGGUCAGAAAGCAGAGGGUCUCGCCCUGAACCACACUGGCGGAAUUGGGAAGGCAAGACAUGUCAGCGACGUGACAGUGGGUACAGACAGGCAAGGCAUACAAGUCGGUGCUGGAGUCGGCAGGGUGAUUGCCCGCUCCGACGACGCCCGACAUUCGGUGGGAAUCGGUGCCUAUAGCGAGAAUGUCAUUGGUGGAAGGAAGAUGAUCAGUGACCCUAAUGUUGGUGCAGGUGUUGGCUACAGGUUUACCGGGGACAAGACCUCAGUUACAGCCGGUUUGCAUAAGCAAACAUUUGGAGGGAAUGUGACUGAGCAUGGUGGUUCACUUGGCUUGGAACAUCACUUUAACAAACAACAUUCUGUAUCCGCUGGAAUUUCUCAAAGUGAUUAUAAUUUUUCUGGGGACCGGUUCCGGAAGGAUACGAGUCUCAGUGCCGGUUAUCGCUUCGACAUCAAUGACAAAUCCUCCGCCAGCGCUGCCCUUCACCGGACGACUUUCGACUUGGGUCCAAACAGAGUGACUGAGCGUGGCGGGUCCCUUGGAGCGAGCCACCGAUUCGACGACCAACACGCUGUCUUCGGCGGAGUCUCUCAAAGUAGAUUCGACUUCCCUGGACACCAGUCUCGGACGGACACCAGUUCCUUCAUGGGUUAUCGCUUCAACAUCAACGACACGUCCGCUCUCUCCGCCAGCGGCCACCGAACUGCCUCGGAUUUCGGAGGCAAUAUGGGUCGGGAGACCAGUCACGGCAUUUCCCUCGGCUUCCAUAAAAGUUUCUGAAUUCAAUCUAGAUGAUCACCGCUUAAUUUGCAUGAUUAUUUUUUAGUAGCAAUUGCUUUGUUGGGUCGCACACACACACACACACACACACACACACACACACACACACACACUCUC